AUGGGAUUAGAGUGCAAAUCAGAGCGAAAUUUCAGAUCAUAUAAGCUUCCACUUCCAAUGUUGCGUAUACCAGUCAUACGGUCACCAGAGCAUUCCGGCACAGAAACACCACCACUGCAGACUUUAGCAUCAGUGCCAUUCAAAUGGGAGGAUGAGCCCGGUAAACCUCGGUCCUGCUCGACUCUCUAUUCCCCGUCCAACCCCAUUGACACUGUAGAACCCAAGUUCUUAGAGCUCCCUCCUAGGCUAUACAUGGAGUCCACCCCCAAAAAUUCCAAAACACCCUCUCCCACCACAGUCUUGGAUGGACCAUAUGUAGCCAGCAGACCGAAGUUUUCAUCUUUCAGAUUCUUUAGGGAACGUCGAGAUUCUUUCGACAGUACCAGUAGCACAAGUCCUGAGAGAGACGAACUCGAUACUAUGGUUCUUGACAAGAAAGAGCACAAAGGAAGAGGCUUUUUCGGUACUUGGGGGCAAAAAAAGGGUGGAAAAAGAGAAGUUGAUGAGAGUGCAAGGGUGAAAAAGGGAAAUAUGAGAAGAAAUGGAAGCUUUUCUAGUGUCUAUCAAGCUAAAACUCACCUCUUGGCUGCUAUAUAUGAAGGUUUCAAGCAAGUUAUACCAUGGAAGAGCAGAAAACCAAAGAAAGAAGGGUUCAACGUUUGA